AUGGUCAUGCUGGCCUGUGCCAAAGCUUUGGGCCUCCCGCCUGUUGCCGCUGCCGCCGCGCUCUUGCUUCACCGGCCGCCUCGAGUGUACAUCAGCGGCCUGAGUUACCAGGCCUGGGAGCGCGAUGUGGAGCGCUUCUUUAAGGGCUACGGGAAGAUCCUGGAGGUGGAUUUGAAGAACGGAUAUGGUUUUGUGGAGUUUGAUGAUCUGCGUGAUGCAGAUGAUGCUGUUUAUGAACUGAAUGGCAAAGACCUUUGUGGUGAACGAGUAAUUGUUGAACAUGCCCAAGGCCCACGUCGAGAUGGCAGUUACGGUUCUGGACGCAGUGGAUAUGGUUAUAGAAGAAGUGGCCGAGAUAAGUAUGGCCCGCCUACCCAAACAGAGUACAGACUUAUUGUGGAGAAUUUGUCAAGUCGGUGCAGCUGGCAAGACCUAAAGGAUUAUAUGCGUCAAGCAGGAGAAGUACCCUAUGCAGAUGCUCAUAAGGGACGCAAAAAUGAAGGAGUGAUCGAAUUUUUAUCUUAUUCUGAUAAGAAAAGAGCUUUAGAAAAGUUAGACGGAACUGAAGUGAAUGGCAGAAAAAUCCGGUUGGUUGAAGACAAGCCAGGUUCUAGGCGACGCUGGUCCUAUUCCAGAAGUCGAAGUCAUUCAAGAUCUCGCUCUCGAAGCAGACAUUCUCGUAAGAGCAGAAGCCGAAGUGGGAAGGAAGACACAGAUAACUCCCAGUCCAGAUCAAGGUCCCGAUCUGUGUCCAAGGAGCGAGAGCAUGCCAAGUCUGAGUCUGGCCAGCGGGAAGGCCGAGGAGAAGGUGAAGAUGUCAGUACCAACCAGGAGACCCGGUCUAGGUCCAGGUCCAAUUCCAAAUCAAAACCAAACCCUUCAGAAUCAUGCUCUCGAUCAAAGUCGGCCUCAAAAACCCGGUCUCACUCUAAGUCUAGAUCUAGGUCUGCUUCUAGAUCACCCUCCCGGUCUAGAUCUAGGUCCCAUUCAAGGUCCUAA